AAUACCAACACUAGUCUUCACCUCUCUCUCCCACUCCAACUUGUUCUCCAUUUCAAUCACUCAUCAUCAUCUCUCUCUCUCUGGUUAUUUUUUAAGAUCAAAAAGGAGAAUAACAUGGGUGUUCUCACCGUCACUGAGGAGUUCACUAGCACCAUUCCGGCAUCACGGCUGUUCAAGGCCUUGAUUCUUGACGCCGACAACCUCAUCCCCAAGAUAGCCCCUCAGGCAGUUAAGAGUGUCCAGAUAAUCGAAGGCAAUGGAGGCCCCGGAAGCAUCAAGCAAAUGAACUUCGCGGAAGGUAGUCAUUUUAAAUUUGUGAAGCACAGGAUCGACAAGUUGGACGAGCCAAGUAUGACCUAUGCUUACACGUUGAUCGAAGGUGAUGCCCUGAUGGACAAGCUUGAAUCGAUCAGUUACGAAAUCAAGCUCGAGGCCUCUCCUGAGGGGGGAUGCAAUGGGAAGAAUACGAGCACAUACCACACCAAACCCGGCGUCGAGAUCAAAGAAGAGGAAGUCAAGGCUGGGAAACAGGCAGCCGCGGGUAUCUUCAAGGCUGUGGAGGCCUACCUCUUGGCAAAUCCUGAUUCCUAUGUUUAAUGUGCAUGCCUUUGAUUGAGACACUCUACUGUGUGGGCUUGUGUGUGCUUUGUAGCCAAAUCUACUUCUUUGGCUUCAUAAUAAAUGUCUUCAAAAUAACAAUAAUAUAGCUGCUUGUGAUGUUUGAUCUGAGUGUAUAUGGUGAAAGUUGAUUCAUUUACUUCAGAUAUGGUGACUUCAGUUGUUGAUGUUUGGCUUUAACAAAGUGCCCAUAUCUCUUAAUUUAUUGAAAUUUUUGUGUAA